AUGUCAGGCGUUUGGGUGUUCAACAACGGAGUGAUACGUCUAGUGGAGAAUCCGAACCAGUCCGGUGGAGCCACCAACCAGACGCACGGCCGGAGGAAUGUCUUGGUUUACUUGCCGACCGGUGAAGUCGUCACUUCUUACUCCUCACUCGAACAAAUCCUAAGGAGCCUUGGGUGGGAGAGAUACUUCAAUGGAGACUCGGAUCUCAUUCAGUACCACAAACGUUCCUCCAUCGAUCUCAUCUCCUUACCAAGAGACUUCUCCAAGUUCAACUCCGUUUACAUGUACGACAUCGUCAUCAAGAACCCUAAUUCCUUCCACGUCCGUGACUUCAAUUGA